UUCCACCCCGCCAAUAUUAUUGUGAUCAUUUGAUUGUCACUUAAUUUGUAAUAGUAAAUUGUUUUGAUUGUGUUUUAUUGUUUUACUUAAUUAAGUAUAAGUGUUCAACUAAUUCUAAAAUGGAUGAAGAGACUGUUAAAACCGAGAAUGAAAGUGAAAUUGUCGCAGCUGUUGAUCCAGACCAAGGAAAAAAAUAUGAUAACCAAGUAACUGAAGAUCGAUCUAAAAGGUUUGAAUAUCUAUUGAAACAAACGGAGAUUUUUGCUCAUUUCAUGAGUUCCGGUGUUAAACCAGGUGAACAAAAGGCUAAACCAGGACGUAAACCUAAAGUUAAAUCAGAAGAAAGUGGUGAAAAGCUUGAUGACUCUAAAUUUGAUCCCAAUGAUCCUAAAUUUGAGGUGAAUGAUCAUCGUCACCGGAAAACUGAACAAGAGGAAGAUGAAGAGCUUCUCAGUGAGGUGAAAAAAGAUGUUAAUUUAUUUAGAUUUGAGGAGAGUCCAGCUUACAUUACUGGUGGUGAACUUCGUGAUUAUCAAAUAAGAGGUUUAAAUUGGAUGAUAUCACUUUACGAGAAUGGUAUCAAUGGUAUUCUGGCUGAUGAAAUGGGUCUUGGUAAAACUUUACAAACCAUUAGUUUACUGGGAUACAUGAAAAAUUAUAAAUCAAUUAAUGGACCUCAUUUGGUAAUCGCUCCAAAGUCAACACUCACCAAUUGGAUGAAUGAAUUUAAAAGAUGGUGUCCAUCUUUAAAUGCUGUCUGUCUUAUUGGAGAUGCUGCAACUCGAUCAACUCUUAUCAGGGAUACUCUCUUGGGAAACCAAAAGGAUUGGGAUGUUUGUGUGACCUCUUAUGAGAUGAUUAUUAGAGAAAAAUCUGUCCUUAAAAAGUUCAAUUGGCGAUAUAUGGUUAUUGAUGAAGCUCAUAGGAUUAAAAAUGAGAAAAGUAAACUCUCUGAGUUUAUCCGAGAAUUUAAGACAACAAAUCGUCUUCUUCUAACCGGUACUCCAUUACAAAAUAAUCUCCAUGAAUUAUGGGCUCUACUUAACUUCUUAUUACCUGAUGUUUUCGAUUCUUCCGAUGAUUUUGAUGCAUGGUUUAACACCUCUAAUCUGGUUGAAGCAGAUGAUGGUAUUAUCAAUCGUCUACACGCCAUCUUGAGACCUUUUCUUUUGAGAAGAUUAAAAAGCGAUGUAGAGAAAAGACUUCCACCCAAAAAAGAAAUCAAAAUUUAUGUUGGUUUAAGUAAAAUGCAGCGAGAUUGGUAUACAAAAAUCUUAAUGAAGGAUAUUGAUAUCGUCAAUGGUGCUGGUAAAAUGGAUAAAAUGAGACUAUUGAAUAUCCUUAUGCAGCUUCGUAAAUGUUGUAAUCAUCCUUAUCUAUUUGAUGGAGCUGAACCUGGUCCACCUUAUACAACUGAUGUUCAUUUGGUUGAUAAUUGUGGUAAAAUGUGUAUUCUUGAUAAGCUUUUACCCAAAUUUAUGGAUCAAGGAUCUCGAGUUCUCAUUUUCUCACAAAUGACUCGAAUGUUAGAUAUUUUAGAAGAUUAUUGUCUUUGGAGAGGAUACAAGUACUGUCGGCUUGAUGGGCAAACAGCCCAUGAGGACAGAGAACAAUCAAUUUACGAGUUCAACAAGCCUGAUAGUGAUCGAUUCCUUUUCAUGUUGAGUACUCGAGCUGGUGGUCUUGGUAUCAAUUUAGCUACUGCCGAUGUUGUCAUCCUUUUUGACUCUGAUUGGAAUCCUCAAGUAGAUUUACAAGCCAUGGAUCGGGCUCAUCGUAUUGGUCAAACAAAAACAGUGAGAGUUUUUCGCUUGAUCACUGAUAACACUGUGGAAGAGCGAAUUGUUGAAAGAGCUGAAAUAAAGCUAAGAUUAGAUACUGUUGUCAUCCAACAAGGACGAUUAGCUGAUGGAGGAUCCAACAAACUUGCUAAAGAGGAAAUGCUUGGUAUGAUUAGACACGGAGCAGAUCAUAUUUUCGCAUCUAAAGACAGUGAUAUCACUGAUGAAGAUAUCGAUAACAUCUUAGCUAAAAGUGAAGCAAGAACCGAAGAAAGCAAGGUUAAACUCGAACAGCUUGGUGAAAGUAGCCUUCGUAAUUUUACCUUAGAUGCACCUGAUUGUAGUGUGUAUAAGUUUGAGGGUGAAGAUUAUCGAGAGAAGCAAAAAAUGACCGCAUUAAAUUGGAUUGAACCGCCAAAGAGAGAAAGGAAAGCCAAUUACGCUGUUGACGCAUACUUUAGGGAGGCUCUUCGGGUGAGUGAACCUCGCGCACCCAAAGCACCUCGACCUCCAAAACAGCCUAAUGUUCAGGACUUUCAAUUCUUCCCGCCAAGACUGUUUGAACUAUUGGACAAAGAAAUUUAUUUCUAUCGUAAAACUUUGGGUUACAAAGUACCUAAAAAUCCUGAACUGGGAAGCGAUGCAGCUAAAAUCCAAAGAGAAGAGCAAAGAAAAAUUGACGACAGUGAACCUCUUACCGAAGAUGAAAUAGCCGAAAAGGAAGACUUAUUAACUCAAGGUUUCACCGCUUGGACUCGAAGAGAUUUCAAUCAAUUUAUCAAAGCCAAUGAAAAGUAUGGUAGAGAUGAUCUUGACAGUAUCGCUAAAGAGGUUGAAGGUAAAACUCCUGAUGAAGUGAUGGAAUAUGCUAAUGUAUUUUGGGAUCGGUGUCAUGAAUUAACUGAUUGUGAUAGGAUUUUAGCUCAAAUUGAGAAAGGAGAGCAAAGGAUUCAACGUCGACAAGAUAUUAAACGUGCACUAGAUGCUAAGAUGGCCCGAUAUCGAGCACCAUUCCAUCAACUUCGAAUCGCUUAUGGAACAAAUAAAGGGAAAAAUUAUAUCGAAGAGGAAGAUCGUUUUCUCAUCUGUAUGUUACACAAGUUAGGAUUUGAUCGCGAAUUGGUCUAUGAUGAAUUGAAAUGUUCCAUUCGUAAUGCUCCACAAUUUAGAUUCGAUUAUUUCAUCAAGAGUAGAACUGCAACCGAACUUCAAAGAAGAUGUAACACCCUAAUCACCCUAAUAGAACGUGAAAAUAUGGAAAUCGAAGAGAAAGAACGUUCAACCAAGAAGAAGCCCGGCCCGAAACCAGGUCUACCCAGAGGACCAAGUAAACGACCAGCAGCAACAAACGACAAUAAGAACAAAAAAAGAAAGAAAUAACCAUUACACUGAUCACAAUUUAGUCUUAAUUUCAUUUUUUUUACAUUUACAACUUUUAAUUUCACUCAUCCCAAAAAACUUAAACUUGUAAACAAAUUUUCAAUCUCCUCUAAAUGAAGAUGAUCCUUCGUCCUUGUCUCAUCCUCUUUUUGUUUUCAUUCCAAUAUUUAGAAUGAAAUUUUGAAUAAAAAAAAAGUAUUAAUUUUAAA